GUGCAUCCACCCUCUAGUCCUGUGAUUUCUGGCUGAGGGUGUGCCUCCCUCCACUUUUCUCUCCUGUGAUUUGUGACUAAGGACGUGCACAUGAACCUGUUCCCAGAAAAUCCUGUGAUAGUGAUGGCCCACGGGAUCAGGCAUACCCUUCCCUCCCGUGAUGACGGUUUCCUUUCCCUGGAGGAAUUGACUGCGCCCGUUACGGCUAGCGGCGCCUUUAGCAACACACUCUUUGAGGAUGUUCCGGAAGCUUCUCCUGAUGAAGUGAUUGCGGCGCGGUGUGGUCUGAAGCCGAAGGAGAGGAGUAAGAAAUGCAAACCAACCGGUGAGAGGGAUGUUGCUGCUUCCUUGGAGUGUGCGGAGCGAGCGGAGAACUGCGAAAGAGAGAAGCUCGGAGAAGCGUCUGGCAAGGAGCAGGGAGCAAGAGGUGAAGAGGUUGAGCGGAAGAAAAACAAGGACCGAUCAGCCCGCAGAAAGCUCAGGAACGACAAGGAAGAGAAGACGCCGAAGGCUAUAGAGAGACAAAGAAGAAAGAACUUGCGGAAGAGGGAGAGGAGGAGGAAGGAGAUGAUAAAGUCCAAGAUGAGAGGGGCGGCUGCCGAGGGCACGGUUCCUAUCGGUGAAGGUGAGGCUGCCGAUAACAAGCAAAAACUUGCCAGAAGCAAGCAUGAGAACAGAGAGGCCGGUGGGCUGACAAAGGUGAAGAAGUCGAGAGUCGUUGGGCUGACAAGGGUGGAGGAGAUGGGGCAGAUGAAAUUACACAGUGGAGAAGAGGAGAAGGAAGCAAAGAAGACAACCAUCAAGAAGAGGAAGAAGCAGAAAACCGACGCUGAAGCGACGCCGGGUGUGACCUCUUGUGACGAUGAUGGUCACAGUACGGAAGCUGGCAAUUUGGAAAAAGGGGGUGUUGAUGUGAUGGGAAAGCCAACAGAACGACAAAAGGGUGGUGAUGAUAUGAUUGCAAAGAAGCCAGCAGCAGAUGGUGUGGGGAAAGGGAGGCAACAUGGAAAGAAGAAGGGCAAAGGAGAUCCUGGCCAUGAUGAUAUGAUUGCAAAGCCAGCAGCAGAUGAUGUGGGGAAAGGGAGGCACCAUGGAAAGAAGAAAGGCAAAGGAGAUCCUGGCCAUGAUGAUACGAUUGCAAAGAAGCCAGCAGCAGAUGGUGUGGGGAAAGGGAGGCAACAUGGAAAGAAGAAGGGCAAAGGAGAUCCUGGCCAUGGUUGUCCGAAGAGAGAGGAGGUUGAUGUCACUGCAUGGACAAAGUACCAACUGCACCCGACAAUCCUACGCGCGAUCUCGAAGCUCGGCUUCAAGACACCUACGCCUAUUCAAGAAAGGUGCAUCCCUGCCGCUCUCUUGCAGGGCAAGGAUGUGAUUGGUGCAGCUGAGACUGGAUCUGGCAAAACAUUGGCCUUUGGAAUUCCAAUCAUACAACGGCUGAUAGACCAGGAUGCGAAAGUGAAACAGAAGCGUGGAGAGUCAUGUGAAGAGGAAAAGGAGGAGGAGGAGGAGGAGGAGGAGGCACAAGUGAAACAGAAAGAUGGCACAACAGGAAACGGGCCAGGUGGCAAUCCCUGUGGUACCAGAACUGCUGCAGGAAGCACCUGCAACGGAAGUUUGAAGGCACUGAUCUUGACUCCGACGAGGGAAUUGGCACUCCAGGUAUGUGACCAUAUCUCCGCAAUAUCGCAGUUCACAAGCAUUAGGGUUGUCCCAAUUGUCGGCGGCAUGGCGACGCAGAAGCAGCAAAGGCUCCUUUCCAAGAGGCCUGCAAUCGUCAUCGCCACUCCUGGCCGUCUCUGGGAAUUGAUGAGCCUGGGGGAAACCCAUCUUAUUCAGCUGGAUCACCUUUCGUUCUUUGUGUUGGAUGAAGCGGAUCGCAUGGUACAGAGAGGUCACUUUCAGGAGCUGCAAUCGAUCAUCGACCUGCUUCCGAAGCGACCUGCACUGUACGGGAGGGGUAAAAGGUUGUCGAAGAAAGAUCUAAAAGAGCGUAAGGAGGCGGCAAAGCAGAUGAAGCUUGCUGCCAAGGAAGAUGUGGUGAGCGAUGCGGGUUCUUCUGGCGAGAGCAGCCAGGAAGAGGAUCGGGAAGAAGACGAGCAGGAUAAGAGCGGUGGAGACGGCGGCGACCGCACGGUCGGGGGGGAAGAAAUGGGGGAUGUGAAGAGCAAAGCAAUCCGAUUACCAACGAGAGAUGAUGAAGAUAACGCCGGCUCGGGAAAGGGUGUUGAGGUUGUAACUGAUGAAGAGGAGGAUGAACAUGGCCUAUCCGAGGACAAUGCAGACGAUCAGGGUUCCGAUGAAGGAAAUGGAAAUGGAGAAGAAGAUGUCAUGGAGGAGGGGAAGGAGUUUGCUGUUAUGCAUGGCGAUCGUCUGGACGACGAGGAUGAUCGCCAACCAGUUGCAAAUGCACAGAAGAGGCAGACUAUGGUGUUUUCUGCUACCUUGACGCUGCCUGCCGCUAUGAAGAAGUUAUCAUGGAAAGGGACACGCGCUGCAGCAGCUCAAGGCAAUUCGGUGUCUACUCUGGUCCGUCGUGCGGGCAUAAGCCGGAAGUCCGCCGUCAUCGACCUCACAAGUGAGAUGGUCGUUGCUCGUAAUCUUCAAGAAGGGAUGAUAGAGUGCGUGGACACCGACAAAGACACUGUUUUGUACUAUCUGCUGAGGAUGCAUCCUGUGAGGACACUAAUCUUCUGCACUGCAAUCUCAGCCGUACGUCGAGUCUCUGCUUUGCUGAAGAUACUGGAAUUGCCGAUAUGGCCGCUGCAUGCGCAGAUGCAGCAACAGCAGCGAUUGAAGCCGACAGGUUUACCCUCUUUCCCAAUCAAGCAAUCAUACAUGCCAGGAGUGCAGGCGCGGAUCUCAUUGGCAUUGAAGAUAGAUGCUAUCUCCCACAAGUCUUCGCAGGAAAAAGCACAGAAGACAUGGAUGGAAAGGAAUGCGAAAGCAAUGGACAUUGUUUUGGAGAGUGAUGGAAACUCAAGCGAUGGGAAUGAUGGAGGUCGGCGGAGUCCGAACGAGAAGCUGAAGCCCAGCAAGAAAAGUAGUCUCCAAUUGAAGGCUUUGCAAAAGGUGAGAGUGUAAAUACUUUUUUUCUUUUUUCUUUUUUCUUUUUUUGUUUGUGAGAGACUCAGAGGGAGUAAAUACUAAAUACUAAA